GCAUGAGUAGGUGGGUGGGCACCUGCAGACAGUCAACCCUGACAGAUCCACAUUCGAGGUGGGGCGGGGGUGCCACCCUGCCUCACUUUACUGUUCCCAUCCGGGUUCUGGGUCUCCGCGCUGGACUCAGGUGCCAGCUGCACCCCUGCCUGGGCGUUGCCCGGGAACCGCGCCGCCGCAGUGCAGCCUCGGACCCUGUGCGGGCACCCGCGGGACGCGCUCCCGGCUGGCUUCUACGUCUUCCGGGCUCAGGCCUUGCGAUCUAACACCGCCCGCGGCACCCAGGCUGCGGCAUGGGGAAUCUACCAUCUGCUGCCAAGCACUGCCUCAGCUACCAGCAGCUUCUCCGCGAGCAUCUGUGGAGCGGAGAGUCAGUGGCAGGGGCGCUGGACCCGGCGCAGGAGGUCUCCCAGUUAUCUGGACUCCCUGAAUAUGUGAAGAUAGUAGAAGUUGGACCUAGAGAUGGACUGCAGAAUGAAAAGGUUAUAGUUCCUACAGAUAUAAAAAUUGAAUUCAUCAAUCAACUUUCCCAAACUGGCUUGUCUGUAAUAGAAGUAACCAGUUUUGUGUCCUCCAAAUGGGUACCACAGAUGGCUGAUCACACUGAAGUGAUGAGAGGCAUUCAUCAGUAUCCAGGAGUUCGCUAUCCUGUCCUGGUACCUAAUCUUCAAGGUUUUCACCAUGCUGUUGCUGCUGGAGCCACUGAGAUAGCAGUUUUUGGUGCUGCUUCUGAAUCUUUCAGCAAGAAGAAUAUUAACUGCUCCAUUGAAGAAAGUAUGGGAAGGUUUGAGGAGGUUAUCAGCUCUGCAAGGCACAUGGACAUCCCAGUACGAGGGUAUGUGUCCUGUGCUCUGGGCUGUCCAUAUGAAGGAAGCAUCACACCACAGAAAGUCACAGAAGUCUCAAAGAGAUUGUAUGGAAUGGGCUGCUAUGAGAUCUCCUUGGGAGACACAACUGGAGUGGGCACUCCGGGCAGCAUGAAGAUGAUGUUGGAAAGUGUCAUGAAAGAAAUCCCUCCAGGGGCUCUUGCUGUUCAUUGCCAUGACACGUACGGACAAGCCCUUGCAAAUAUCCUAACAGCUCUUCAGGGCAGAGAAGCAAAGUCCUCUGUAACAUCCUUUGGAGUCCUUCGAGUCCUGCUGAUGGAGACCCUGGCAGUGUUAGAACUAUAGGCUACUGCCUUUGACCCAGAACACUCUGGGGUUAGGAUUAUAGAAAAGGAACGACGAUGUAAACAACCCAGGAAAAUUAUUGUAAAUCCAAGUUACAUUCAAAUGUGGAACGGAUGUUUCUCAUGUUGGCAAAUGCUUCAAAUUCCAAGAUGACUAAAAACUAUGCCACAUCUGCCCCCGUUUCUUCAAACCCAGCCACAGUGUGAAAAGAGACUACUUUCAGUGAUGCACAAAUUCUUCACAGGAAGUGAACUGUUCACUGUAUCUCCAUCACUCUGACUUGGAUGCCGUUAUUCCUCACUUUAAUCUACAACUUCCUUGAUGUUCAAUGAAACAAAUGACCCUGAUCCCCUUUUUUAAUCUACGUUUGGUAAAUAUAAAGUAUUACCUUCAGCGAGAAGUUAAAAAAAAAAAAGAGAGAGAUAGGCAAAUGAAAGAGAAGCAUCUGUGUUCCCAUUGCUACAUGAUUUAUUGUUUUUAUUACAUUCUGCUAAUGUUCAUUUUUACAUAAGCAGAGACAUUAGGUUUUAUUUUCAAAAUGCAUACGGUUUACUAAAGUCCAAUGAACUGAAAUUAUAACAUUAUAAAUUAUCUCUGUAGAUUUAAGUAAAUAACUUAGUAUCAGACAUUACUUCUCUGGAAAUGGAUUGAUUAUAUCACGGUUGUAAAUCACAUUAUGCUUGCAUGCAGGUUUUGUAUAACAGAAGUCUGCUAAUGACAAUAUUACACCCAGUGAUUUAUUUGAUAGAAGAAAUAUAGUACUAUAAAAAUUAAUCUCCUCUCUUCUUGAGUGCAUGAAUUAAAUCAGAGGGGACAAAUCCUAAUGAUACACAAAAUAUAGCAAUGACUCUUGUGAGUAGCCUCCAGAACCAGGGUAUAUAAUUCAAUGCAGUGUUUUGGGGGAGACAAUUGCAAAAUUUUGCCGAGUUCCAAGGGGGAACAGACCUAGACCUCACCCCCUGAUGGAACAGUACCAACACAACAUUUUGAACACAGAAUAUGAAACGGGAUAUGUCUUAGUGAAGUAAUAAUUGGAAGAUAAAACCUAGCAUACAGAUUUCCUCUUUGACUCAUGUUGCCUCAUUCUGUUAUGUGAUUAUACUUCAAUAUAAAUUCUAAUAUAAUUUCAUCACUGUCCUGCUGGUUUCAGUACCUUUAACUCUGCUUGAUCAUAUGUUAGGCAACUGUUCACAUACUACCUUCUGGCACCCAUUCCUGUGAUCCUCAAAUACAUUUUUAAAAAAUGACCUUUAAGUUUAAUUAUCUUUGUGUCACCACACUGGAGAAAACAGCAUUACUCAAUUUACUGGCUGUGUUAGUCAGGGUUCUCUAUAGGAAGAAAAUUUACAGAAUCUUUCUCUGUAUGUAUUGGAAGGGGAUUUAUUAGAAUGAUUUACAGGCUGUGGUCAGCUAACCCAACAAUGGCUGCCAUAGAAGGUCCAAGAAUCCAGUAGAUGUUUAGUCUAUGAGUCUGGAUGUCUCAGCUGGUCUUCAGUACACACUGGAAUUGCAAAGAGGUGGGCUCUAAGGCCAGUGAAGGAAUGAACUUGCUAGCCAGAGCAAGAACAAGCAGGCAAAGAGAGAAAUAUUCCUUCUUUCAUGUCCUUAUAUAGGCUUCCGACUGAAGGUGUGGACCAGAUUAGAGGUGAGUCUUCCCACUUCUAAAGAUAUGAAUUAAAGGUGUGUUUUCUCACCUCAAAGACCUGGAUUAAAAGUGGAUCUUUCCACAUCAAAUUAAGCGAAAAUUCUUCAAAGGUGUUCCCCUCCAUUUUGGAGUUUUAGUUCAUUCCAGGUGUAGUCGAGUUGAUAGGGCCAUCACACUGGCUUUAUUUGUAACCACAUUAUUUUAAUUUCUGCCCUCUACCAGAGUUUCUGACAUCAUCAGUAGUACUUUCUCAACUAUCCUCUCCAGGAUGGUUCCUACAACAUUCAUACGCAGUUGAAAUCUUUCUCUGCACAACUCUCCCCAAUGGCAAACAUGUUUUCUGAUCCUGUCCCUAGUCCUUAAUUUCUAAAAUAAAUGUUCAGUUCUUUUAUGAUGAAAAUAAGAACAUAAUUCUUCAUGGUUUUUCUGGUUUGUGUGUAUAGCUGCUUCCCAUAUACUGAUUUUAAAGUACCCUGUCUCUGUGUGACUCCUCCUGCAUCUUUCCCUCCCUCCCUCACCAUCUCGUUCUCUAUCCGUUGUGUUCUGUCUGCCUUUUUAUGCCACUCUCUGUUCACAGCCUCUCUCACUGCCAUCUUCUCUUCUCUCUUCUCCAUACCCUCACAUAUACACCCCCAGGGGUGCACCUAAGGGAAGUUGCUCCAUCAUUGAACUGUGCCUCCUGGUUCCACUUUUUACGUUAUUUUGAACUUAUGGACCAGUGAGAUGACUCAGAGGAUUAAGGCACUUGAUGCCAAUCCUUAUGAGUUCAAUACUAGGAACCCAUGUGGUAGGAGAAGAAAACUGAAUGAAACAAGUUGUAUCAUUGCCUUUACAUAUGUGCACCCACACAAAGCAAAAAAAAAGUGCAAUAAAAUUUAUUUUGAAUUAAUGCCAUUUCAUUUUCUGAUUUGUCUUAAAUAAAAUGUCUUUAAAAAGCAUACAUUUCCCUUCCCUCAGAGUUCAGGGAUCCCUGCAGAAGAGGGGGUAGAAAGAAUGUAAAAGUCAGAGGGGAUAGAAGACACCAGGAGAAUAAAGCCCUCUAAAUCAAUACGAUCAAAGCUCACAUGAACUCACAGUGACAGAGGCAGCAUGUACAGGACCUGCAUGGGUCUGCACCAGGUCCUCUGCAUACAGAUUAUGGCUUCUAUUUUGGUGUUUUUACAUGAUUCUUGAGUGUAUGAAUGAGUGGGUCUCUUAUUCUUGUGCUUUCUCUUGGGCUCUUUUCCUUCUGUUGGUUUGUCUUAUCCGACUUCAGUGUGAUAGUUUUCGUCUUAUCUUAUUAUAUUUUAUUUUAUCUUGUUUGGUUGCUAUAUCUUAGAAGCCAGUUCUUUUCUAAUGAGAGACAGAAAGGGAAUGGAUCUGGAUGGGAGGGGAGCUGGAGAGGUACUGGGAGGGGUAGAGGGAAGAGAACCUGUAAUUAGAAUAUAUUAUGGGAGAAAAGAAUCUAUUUUAACUAAAAGGAGAAAAUAUUCUCAGAUAAUUCUCCAAAAUACUAAUCGUAAGUGAGAGACUAUAUCAGAAUCUAAGUGAAUGUAUCUAUUUAUGCUACUUGAUAGGAAAUAUGCACAUAGGCUGAACAGAACUUGUCAAGUGACCUUUGAUUUCAAAAAGUCAAGCAAUAAAAACAGUUAGUAGUAAACAAGCAUAAAACUUUUAACCUUUGAGAUAAUAUUCAUACUAAUAUUAUUUGUGUAUACUAUAAACUACAGUGGUUCUAAACAUUUGGUUUAUGCUGCUUCAUUUACUUUUCCAAAGUGCUUUAUGAUGUAGAAACUAUUUUUUUAUGACUGAGGAGCAAGAUGAAUCAGUAAAAUGCCUGCUGUACAAACAUGUGGAUCUGAGUUCAGAUCCCCAAGAUCCAAGUAAAUGUCAGGAACAGUGGAGCCCACUUGUAACCCCAGGACUUGAGGGUUGGUGAGUAGUGGAAACAGCAGUUAACCUGGAGCUAACUGGCCAGACAUCUGACUGAAUUGAUGAGUGCUAAGCUAAAUGAUAGACCUUUUUUUUUCCUUUGGCACCUGAAGAAGACACUUGAGGUGGAUCUCUAACCUCUUCCCAAAUACACUCAAGCAUGACAUAUACAACUGCACAUACAUGUCUACCCACACAAACAUACAUACACACACUGUACACACACACACACACACACACACACACACACACACACACACACACACACACACAUACACACAUACAGACACAACAAGAGUUUAUUAUUUUCCUAAUAUUAUUGAUGGUCAAACAGAUAUGGAAUAUAAGUAACUUUCCAAGGUCACAAAUGAGGUCAACUCUACAGCUGAUGAUCACAAUCACUGUAGCACAUUGCUUCCAUUUAUGGAAUAACAUUAGUCAAUUAGCAUGAAAAUGACUGAUCAUCAUAUCUCUGUCUGCAUUUAUUAAGGUUUUCUGGAUGACCAAAUAAAUGAACAAUUUUUGUAAAUACUUCAACAUCUUAAGAACAAAAUGUGUUCUAUACAGAUGUGUUAUACAUAAAUAUUAGUAGAUUUAUACAGACAUAAUUAUUUGUUUCAUAUAUAACAUUUGAAUUUUAUCCAGUUGUUUUAUAUUUACAGUGUAUUUUAUUAAUGUAUUCUCAAAUUUGCGGAAGUUUAUGACUUUGGGUUGUACAUUUAAUCCUGGUAUAAUGCCUCCUUUGUCACAUUCCCACCUUCACUUUUACUUUGCCUGAUUGAAACUAACUAUACUUUUGUUGUUCAUGCUCAGAGUAUCUUUGCUCAUAAUUUUAGUUUAGAAUUUUUCUUACUAGUUUAAAUAUACUUAUGAUAAGCAAUUGGUAACUAGAAUUUUAGUAUAGUUGGUCAAUUAAUUUGGUUUUGUUAUAAUAUAUAUUUGUUUUGAUGCA